UUCGUGGCUAAAGCGCGCAUGCGCAGUGCGCUCGCUGAAGUUUGGAGUGAUUCGUGGAAGUUUUAGAUUUGGAGGAAAAGCAACGCUGCUGAAAAUCGCUAACUUAUAAAAUGGCUUUUCGCAGGAGAAACAAGAGUUAUCCUUUCUUCAGCCAAGAGUUUCUCAUUCAGAAUCACGCGGACAUUGUGUUUAGUUUGGUGAUUUUCAUUUUGAUUGGACUUAUGUUUGAGACAACAGCGAAAACAGCCAUUUUAUUCAUCCAGCCUCAGUAUAACAUCAGCACCAUGAGCGCAGAUGGAGAGGUGACUCUGUAUCUUUACGGAUGGAAAGACUGUGCCACUGUCGUCUUCUAUCUUUGCAUCACCAUCAUCCUUCACGCAGUGGUGCAGGAGUAUGUGCUAGAUAAAGUAAACCGGCGUCUUCACUUGUCGAAGAGUAAAAACACAAAGUUUAAUGAAUCUGGGCAGCUGUGUGUGUUUUAUCUGGUGUCCAGUUUAUGGAGUCUCUACGUCAUCGCCACAGAGGGAUACCUUCUGCAUCCCAGCAGCCUUUGGGAGAAUUAUCCUCAUGUUCACCUGAGGUUUCAGGUGAAGUUCUUCUACCUCACACAGCUGGCGUACUGGUUUCACGCACUACCUGAGCUUUACUUCCAGAAAGUGAGAAAGGAGGAAAUCCCGCGUCAGCUGCAGUAUAUCAGUCUUUAUCUCUUACACAUUCUGGCUGCAUAUCUGUUAAAGGAUCAGUUUGACCAAAAUAUCUUGUCCAAAAUUAGCUGUACAGUUGGUCACCAUGAGAAUGGACUGAUUAAAGCAGAGAACGGCACAUCCCCUCGUCUCAAGAAGAUCAAAGCGCCGUGAACUUCAGCCCCAUUUCAGCGCAUGGCCUCCACACAUCGAGGGCACAGGAACAGGAAACAGCUCAUCUGCCUGCUGCUUCCCGUUUCCACAUCAAGAGAAGUGCAUGUGGCGUUUCUCAGAGUGACGACAGCACCCUCAACAGGCUCUGGUCAACGUACUAAACUUCUCGUUCCAGUUUCAGUAUUCAUGUUAUUUCUUCUGCAUAUGUUUCUAAACUUCACUCAGUCUUUCUUUAUUAAAGCGCUGUUUUGAGGUU